AUGUCAUCCUUCUUAAUUCCAUCCCGUCCGAGAUCGCCUUCAAGCGAUGUCAGCAAUGACGAAUUUUUAGUCUUGGAUGAGCAGGGUGGCUUAGUCAUUGUUGGUAUUGAUUUUGGCACGACCUUUUCUGGCGUUGCUUGGGCCACGACAGACGAGCUUCAGAAAGAUCCCAAUGACAUCAACUUAAUUAUGAACUGGCCCGGCACAGGCCGCGAAGAAAGCAAGUGCCCGACAGAGCUUAGCUACGGCGACGACGGUAAAAUCCAUUGGGGCUUUGAUGUCCCGCCUAAUGCAAGCUCGGUAUCAUGGUUCAAGCUUCUACUUCUCCGCGAAGAAGAUAUGAAUGACAACAUGGAUGUAUCUGAAUACCUCGUUAGCGCCCGCGAGUUCCUCUCGCGCACCAACAAAACUGCUAUUGACGCCUAUAAGAUCGACCAAGUCGAUCCUAUCAGUAUGAAGGAAGCGGUCGAGGGAAAGGGUAAGCUUUUGCCUUUUAAGGUCAACAUAUUCAGCAGGCUAACAUCACUAGGCGCUCUCUGCGGUGGUAUUUUUAUCGACCAGGCUUUUAUCGAGCUGUGCAAAGCCCGUCUGGGUAGCAGUUGGAGCUCUUUAAACAAAUCGUCUCUCAGAUACAUCGUUCGAGAUGACUGGGAAUGUGGCAUCAAGCCACAAUUCAGGAUGAGCGGCCUUGAAAAGGACUUUACGGUUCGGUUUCCAUCCGAGAUAAGCGUCGGAGUCGACACAGGCAAGGCAUUUAACAGAAUCAAAGCGGGGAGGAUAUUUUUCCAUGGCCGUGAAAUCCAACCAGCUUUUGACAACCAGUUCCGUUGUAUUAUGGAAUUGCUCGACGACCAAUAUGAGGCGGUCAGGAGAUCAGAUCCUGCGGCAAGGAUCAGCAUUAUUCUCGUUGGCGGCCUUGGGUCUAGCCCAUACCUGUACGACUAUGUCAAGUUGCACUACAAGGCCAAAAGGGUUGAGAUCUUGCAGGCCGCUGGUAACAAACCUCGGAGCGCCAUCUGUCGAGGUGCCGUGCUCAAGGGCUUCCUCCAGGAUUCACGCCCGGACCAAGAUAAUUCGCCCGUCAAGGUCACCUCUACCAUUUCACGAUCAAGCAUCGGUAUGGAGAUCUUCCGGCCGUUUGACGAAAAUAAACAUCUCGAGGAAGACAAGUUCUGGUGCGACAAAGAGCUUCGCUACAACGCAACAAACCUAAUGGAUUGGUUCCUGCAUAAGGGGUCGAGCGUUCCAGACUGCGCGGCGGUACGGGCAGCUUUCUAUCGUGUGCAUGAUUUUGGGACAACCGUCCCACUUACCAUGAAACUUUUAUUGUAUGAUUGCGAAGAACCGGUGGCACCAAUGCGUAAGACCGACGCCGUCAAGUCCAUGUGCACUAUAACCUUCGAUUCCAAGAUAGAAAAAGACGAAUACUCUCAGCACACAAACAGACUGGGCAAGAAGUACAAACAGCUGGAUUUCGAGGUUGAGAUGGUGCCGCAAGGGGCCUCGGUCGAGUUUGGUGUCUACAUCGGCGGACGAAAGCUGGGUGCCAGAAGCGUCAACGUUCGCUUCCAGUGA